UAAUUUAUAAAUUGCAAUUAAACUUUACAGGAAUUGGUACAAAAUGCUGAAGAUGCUGGAGCCACAGUUGUUGAAGUUUUGCAUGAUACACGAAAAGUGCAGAGUUCCGAAGCUCAUAAUGAUGUUCAAAAGUUUCUCAAGGGACCUGCUGUCUGUCUUUACAAUAAUGCAACUUUUACUGAAGACGACUGGCAUGGCAUACGCAAACUUAGUGACAGCAUAAAAAAGGAUGAUCCUCUGAAAGUUGGGCAGUUUGGCUUAGGGUUUAAGUCAGUCUUUCACAUUACUGAUGUUGUAACAAUCAUCAGUGGUGAUAAGGUGCUCUUUAUGGAUCCAAGUGAGCCAGAAAAGAAAAUGUGCCGCAUCCUUUCUUUAAAUAAAUUAAUGAGUAUCUGCCCCCUUGAAGACUGUCUAUAUUUAUGGAGUAAUUACUUAAGCACACAGAACAUAAAUGAUGGCUAUUUUCCCUCUACACUGUUCUGGUUUCCACUUAGGCAGAGUCCAUCUGAGUUAUCAGAUACUGUGUACUCAUAUGAACAUGUUAUAAAAUUGUUUGAAUCAUUUGGUGUGGAAGCUGCUGAAUGUCUAACCUUUCUGAAAUCUCUAGAAAAAAUAUGCUUGAAGAGGAUCAUUGAAGAUAAUAAGCUUCCAACAAUCACCCAUGAUGUACAAUUAAAUAGUCCAUUCAUGACUGAAGUUCAAGGAAAGAGAAAAAACUUUAGACAGAGGCUCAAAGAAUGUAAUGGAUUUCCAUCUCAAGCAAUUACUUGUUGCUAUGAUGUUACAGUUAAAAGUGUGCAAGAAAAUAACACAAAGCAACGGGUAAUGCGCAUUCUUCACUAUUUACCAGGUACAAAUGAAACCGCAUCAGUAACCUGGAGAGGCAAAAACAGUAACAGACACAUGCCUCUAGUUGGUGUAGCUGCACCCAUUACAACACAUGGAUCCCCUUGGUCUAAUGGGCAUAUUUUUUGCUUUCUGCCAUUACCUUUAGAAUUUGCCAACAAUACCAAUCUUCCUGUUCAGGUCAAUGGUUUCUUUGCACUUGAUCAGAAUAGAAGACAUGUCAACUGGAAGACUGAAGAGAGCAGUGAUGAACCUGAGGUAUUGUGGAAUGAAGAACUGGUAUCCAAAGUUAUUGUUGAAGCAUACUUUACCCUUUUGUGUGGGGUUCUUGAAGAUUUGAAAUCAAAGUCUUUUCACAUGGAAACCUGGUAUAAUCUCCUUCCACACAUAAAUUCCUCAAAGGGAAGAUGGAGAGAACUUGCUACUGCAUUAUGGUCAAGACUGAAAUCACUCCCUAUUUUGUACUCAGAGAAUUGGUCCUGGGAAAGGGCUAUCCUGCAGGACUUACUUGAGCUUCAGUUGGGUGUGAAGAGUGCCAGGAAUCACCUGGGAGAAAGUUCUGCCCCAGCUUCAGUUACUCCUCUGUUGAGGAAGAAUCUUAAAAAACACAAGGCAGCCAGAGAAGAGUGGAAUCGAGCAUACCUUUUAGAGUAUGUUAUUUCAGAUGAAAAUUAUAAUGAUCUUGAAGGAGUUCCUCUCCUGCCUUUAAAUAAUGGAACGUGGGGCACAUUCUCUAGGACUGGUUGUUCUGUGUACAUCUGUGGAGAAGAAGCUGGUGCUUUCUUGGGUUUGGAACAUCAGGUCCUUAGCACUGACCUUUCAGCAAGAGUUGUUCAGUCUUUGCGAAAAAUUGCACAAAAAGGUGUAACUCAGUUAAAGCUGUUCUCUCCCAGACAACAUGGGGUGGAACUACUAUCUGAAAGUGCUCAAUAUGUUAAGCGAUCUUCUCUGUCCCAGCAACAGUUGGAAUGCUGGUUGCCAAAAGUAUGGUCAGUUGUGCAACAUCUCAAUCUUCUAAGUGUAAUGAACAUAGCAUUCAUACCUAGCAGUCAGAAUUUAAAUUCCUCAAAGCUAAUAAGCCUUUCAGCUGCAAUCAUUGUGCAAAACUCGAGAUCAACUCUAUCUCAAACAGCUGUAGAGGCUCUCGAGCUUUUGAAAGUGCAAGUAAUUCCAAAGCCUCCAGAAUAUGUUCGGCAUCAUGAAUUGCACAGUUAUUUCAAUAGUUCAGAUGCUCGAGGUGUAUCCCAGGCUUUGCUUAAGGUGUUGACAAUGCAUAACAGCAAUGAUCUGGCAUGUACAUUUAAUAUGUGGCGCAGUGAUGAACAUGUUCAGGCCUUAUUGAAUGUUACUGAAGUACACUGUCUUCAGCUACAGAUUAAGAACCUCUUUAAAGCACUAAAUAUAUUCAAAGCUAAUGGACGAAAUAAUAUUUUGACUGAUGUAAGCAUUAAUAAUUGUGGCAGAAUAUUUCCGGAGAUUGUUAACUUUCCUGUAAGUUUUCCUGAAACUUUGAUAGUCCCAUCUGAUAGGGCGAGUCGACAGCUUGCAAAAAAUUUGGGCGCCACUGAACUGUCAAAGGAAAUGUUGUUUCUCCUUGCCCUGGAGAAUACAUACUCUGAUAAUGAUACAUCAAAACUUGUGGCAUAUAUUUUGGAAGAUAGAUUCCUUCAGUGCAGUGUAAAAAUUCAGCAUCAGCUGCAGUUUGUAAAAUUUGUUCCAAAUGAGAAAGGCACACUUUUCCUUCCUAACCAACUAUAUGAUCCUGAUGAUAUUGACAAUGCAGCAUUGAUUUCAGAAGAUCUAAAUCCUAAUGCCUGCUUUAGGAAAUAUUACCCCAUAUUACGGAAUUUGGGGAUGAAGAAGAUGCAGGAUAUGCCAGUAAGUAAAUUUAUUCAGAUCAUUAAAAAUUUCCAAAACAAAUCAUUAUCUGAGGAAAAAGUAAACAAGGCAGCAGCUUUGCUUAGAGCUACAAAUCACCAUCCAGAUUGCCAGAAAAUAUGUCAAGCUGUAAAAUAUGUUGACUUUGUAUAUGGUGGAACAUCCAAACCAGAUGGUUAUCCCAACAGCUUAAGUUGGGCAACAACAUCUGUGGCAUAUAAGCCUCAAGAUAUUAAAAGUUACUAUCACUUCAAGAAUUCUUUGGGCUCGGUGGUACCCCUCGUGCAUUGCUCUGAUUUUUAUAAUGUUGCUAACCACUUUGGCUGGAAUCAAAAGCCCAGUGUUCAAAAUUUUAUUGAACAUUUAAAAAAUAUAAUGAAUGCAUACCAAAAUAAUGAAGCAGGAUAUUUUGAUUUAAUAAAGGAAACAUACAAGCAACUUUCAGGAUUUAUCAAUACUGCAGAUGCAUGCUACUUACUCUCAUUGUCAACAACACCAUGUGUUUUUACUGAAUUGGGUUUCAGAGAUCCAAAACAAGUGUAUAUCUCAUCACAGAUAGGAGACCUGCUAAUGUUACCAUACAUGUAUCAGCUGCCUUUUGAAUUACGUGAUUGUGCAUCACUCUUUUCUACUCUAGGAUGUUUUGAAACCCAGUCAAAGGAAUUAUUCUUAACACUUUUAAGACAAAUUCAAGAACACCAUUGUUCAGGAAGACAUGCUGAUGUUGAUCAUGACAGAAGAAUGGUUGUACAAGUUCUUCAUAAACUAGAACAGUUUACUAAAGAUAUUUCUCCUUCAGAACUAUUAUUGCCAGUGGAAAACAUUGAUGGAAGAUUAGAGCUGAUUGAAGUAGAUCAAUGUUCUUACUCAGAACAGUCUUGUGACUGGCUAGACAGUAAAGAUCUUGGAGUAAGAGUGAUUCAUAGCAGUGUUGGAACCAAACUAGCAAAAGCUUUGGGUGUAGCACCUCUAAGCAAACAUUUACUGGCUGGACAAGAGGCUUUUAUGGAGUGGGGCCAACAUGAACCACUUACCACACGUCUCCAUAACUUACUCCGGCAGUACCGUGAUGGUGUUGCAGUCCUCAAGGAGUUGGUGCAAAAUGCAGAUGAUGCUGGUGCUACCACUAUUUCCUUUCUUUAUGAUGAACGUCAAAAUGAAGAUGCACGCACAAGGCUUAUCAGCGAUAAACUGCAAGAAUGUCAAGGACCAGCAUUGUGGGUUUAUAAUAAUGCCUUUUUCACAGAGGAAGAUUUUUCAAAUAUUAAAAAACUGGGUGGAGGAACUAAAGAAUCAGCCACCAAAAUAGGGAAGUUUGGACUAGGAUUUUGCUCAGUUUAUAACCUCACUGAUGUACCUAGUAUUAUGAGUGGGUCUAAUUAUAUUAUAUUUGAUCCACACCUAACUUACUUAGAUAGCAAUAAUCAGACACCAGGAGUGAGAUUCAACUUUUCCAAUGAGAGAAAUUCAUUUAUGCGAAAACUUCAUGGGCAAUUUAAACCAUUUAAUGAAGUUUUUGGCUGCAUUAUUCAACAGACCAAAAAAUUUGAUGGCACCUUAUUUCGUUUUCCUUUGCGAACUCCAGCUCAGGCAAACAAUAGCGAGAUCAGUAAUGUAAGUUAUGAGUAUAAAGCGAUGAUAGAACUCCUUCAGAUGUUUAGCAAGAUUAUUGGGGAGCUGCUGAUUUUUACUCAGAAUAUCAAAGAAAUCAAGGUCUUUUUCUUGAAUAAAGCAUUAUCACCAUCAGAGAAAGUGUUGUUGUUUGAAAGUUCACGAACAAUGAGGAAAGUGGCCACUUCCCCUGGAAACUCUGUCUUCAGCAACAGAGCAGAUAAAACAAAAGUGGAGAGAGUUGCUAACCUGUUUACUACUGACUUUAAAUGGAAUAGAGAAUCUUUUCAGGAAAGCACUUUUGCAGAAAUAAAAGUAGUGUGUUCAGAGGAAGGUGGAAAAUUGUGUCAUAUUUCUAAAGGUAAUUGGACUGUCAACUGGCUUAUAUCUUGGCACUGUGGUAAUGCAACAUGUAAAUUUGCAGAAGUUCUGAGAGGUAAGGCCCUUCCUCUGGGUGCUGUGGCAGUGCCAUUAAAGGAGCAAAGUGAUGGAUGGCAACCCAUUAAUCUUUCAGAACUUCCUCCAGGGUUUUAUAGAGAGAGCCAUAUUCAUUGCUUUCUACCACUGCCAGUAACAACACCUCUGCCUGUACAGAUAAAUGGAUAUUUCGAAGUAGCUUCUGACCGCACAAGCCUCAAGACACAGACAGAGGAUGACCGAAGGGAGGGCUUAAACUGGAAUGAAACCUUGAUAAAUGAUGCUGUGAAUGCUGCUUAUCACAGCCUUUUAUCAGCUUUACAAUUAGAAGGCCUAAGUAGAAAUUGUCCUUACUACUGCAUUUGGCCUGUAAAGUGUGACACAAAUGAUAGCUUAGUAUUAAACCUCAAAAAACAUUUUUAUGAUAAAAUUGUCAAUGAAGAUAAGCAAGUCUUUCGAAGCAGGAAUAAGUGGCAUCCACUGAGGGAAUGUAUGUUUCUAGAAGAGUCAUUUUAUAAACUAGAAAAGAUUGGAAAAAAUGCUUUUGAAUAUAUGGAAAAUUUAAUGGAGUCUUCUGAUCUAAGGAUGAUAAAAUUACCUAAAGAUAUUUUUUCUGGUUUCCAGUUUAAGGACAUAUCAGGACACAUGAUCUCUAAAGACACUUUUUUCUCAGAUUACUUCAUCCCAAAUAUAUCAGAGCAAUAUGUUACUUCAGAGAAGAGAAAUGAGCUGACAUUGUAUAUCAUGGAUACUCAACAACCAUGUCUUAAAAAGCUAGAAAAUGUUCGUUGCAUUCCUACAGUCCCAAAUGGAAAUUUAAAAGUUCCUAAUGAGCUAAUAAACCCCAUGAGUAGAAUUUCAGCUAUGUUCACUGUGGCUGAUGAGAGAUUUCCAGAGAGGUUGUUUUAUGAUAGUCAUUAUAGGCAUAGCAGCCUUCUGUAUUUGGGAAUGAAUGAUUCAUCUAUUCCUACAGAGAUGGUGAGCAACAGAGCAGAGACUGUCAUGACAUUACCAUGUCAUAAUUGUGCUGUUGAAAGAGCUUUUGAAAUACUGUAUUAUAUAACAACACAAAAUCCUGAUGAGCAAAAUAAUAUUGCACAAAGAAUUAAAGCUGUCUCAUUUUUACCAGUCAUGCCCAAGCCAUAUAACUGGCCACUUACUUGGAAAGGUGAUAUGCAUCUACAUCAGAAUUCUCAAGUGUGUAUCAUCCAUGACAAACUGGAUCUACAAAGCAAGUUAAAGGCCAUUGGAUUUUCGAAGCCAGCUGAUAUGUGCUUAGGAAAAUUCAAGGAGCUUGUAGGCAGCACAAAUUUGUUACUUUGGUUGCCUCGCAUAAACAAUGAUAAGAUACCCAAACCAGUAACUGGAAAGCUGGGCAUUAUUGUAAAUGAUAAUAAGCUGCCAUUAAACAAGGUGUGUCACCAGCUCAAACUAGUAAGUACUGUAUCACCAGUAGACAGUAACAUCAAGGACAUCUCUCAUAAAAUAUAUAGUCAUUUGGAACGUAUGAUUCAAGACUUUAAUGUAAAUCCAGAACAUUUACAAGAGCUAAGAAGUGAAAAGGUCUUACUUACAAAAACUGGCUUCAUGGAACCAAACCUUUUUGCAUUUUCUAGUGAGACUGAUUGUUCACCUGAUUUGUUCUCAGUGGAGGUAGAGGGCCUCGGAAAGUACACGCGACUGAUGGAAGCUUUAGGUAUUAAAUCAACCUUUCAUGUAGAUUCUGUAUUGGAAGUUCUCAAUCAAAAGCAAGAAAAAUAUAAACUGGAAAAACUAAGUGAACUGGAAAUACUGCAAAUAUCCAAGCUUUUAACAUUAUUAUUUAAUGUUCGAGAGACUAGUUCCAGCAAUUAUCAAUUACUCCUUCAUUUGUUGCACCUUCCAGAUGCUGAUGGUUAUCUCUGCCCCAUAAACAAAUUGUGUUGGGAGGAUGGAGUUGAGUUGAGCUCAAGUGGCUUUCGCUGUUUGCAUAAACACAUUUCUUUAUCACUGGAAAUGACAAAGUGGUUAGGAAUAAAAACAAAAACCAGGCAACGCCUUGAGAACUCUUCCAACAGGAUGCACUUUGGCCAGAAAGAACCUUUAACAGUUCGGCUGAAAAACAUUCUUAAAGAAUAUCCAUGUGAUUAUGGAAUUAUGAAGGAGCUGUUGCAAAAUGCUGAUGAUGCUGGAGCAACAGAGGUAGCAUUCAUUAAGGAUUUUCGACGACUCUCCACUGAAAAGCUUUUUGACAAACAGUGGGCACCACUACAGGGACCUGCUUUGAGUGUGUACAAUAAUAAGUGUUUUACAGAAAAGGAUCUUCAGAAUAUUCAAGACUUGGGUAACAGUACCAAAAAUUUAGAUCCAGCCAGUACAGGACAAUAUGGCAUUGGUUUCAAUGCUGUGUAUCACAUAACUGAUGCUCCAUCAUUCUUGACUCGAGGACCUGCUGUACCGCAAGGAGAGACACUCUGCAUGUUUGAUCCACACUGCAAGUAUGAUCCUAUGGCCACUCCAGAGAAACCUGGGGUGCAGUUUGUAAAUCUGAAUGAUUUGCGUAAAGAUCACCCAGAUUCUUUCCAAGGUUACUUGGAAGAUAUUUUUCUACAGCAGGAAGGCACAGUUUUCAGACUCCCAUUGCGAAGUGAAACAUCUGAUAUUGCAGAACCCUUCCAGCCUUACAAACUUAAAGACAAGUUGAGGGAGUUCCAGGCUGAGAUGGCAAAAUGUUUACUGUUUUUAAGAAAUGUUCGAAAAAUUUCCAUUAUGAACAUUACUGAAACAGGGGAGUGUGAUACUGAGUAUUCAGUUGAGUCAUCCAUCCACCAACAAAAUGAACUCUCAAAAUUGCAAAGUAUGAUGAAAGAAAGGAAACCUGAAAAUUUUGUCUUAAAUAUUGAUAUGAUGAGAGCAUGCUAUACAAUGAAAAUUGCAGACUCUAACAAUGAUGAGUACACUUGGUAUAUAGUUCAACAACUUGGUACAGAAAACAAAGACAGAGUGCCUGAAAUAAUACAGCAUGCUUUUACUAACAGAUAUCUUAGCCUGCUUCCUCAUGCAGGAGCUGCUGUUCUUUUAGAAACCAAUAAGAUAAAUACUGAUGAUCUGUAUACAACAUCCUGUUAUCUUCCAUUGCCAACAAAAUCAGGAUUACCAUUUAGUAUUAAUGGGCAUUUUACUCUAAAUUCCUCCCGAAGAAAUCUGUGGACUGGCAUAGAAGAUUGUAAAGAAAAGUGGAAUUCUUGGCUGAUGAAGGAGGUACUUGUUCCUGCUGCUGUUUAUGCUGUUGAUCACUAUAGAAAAUCAAUUUUUCCAGAUAACAAUAUCAGAAUUACAUUAAGUGAAUAUACAAGAAAAAUUUCUUUGUGUUGGAAAGCCUUCCCUAAUGGAACUAAUACACAAUCAGAAACAUGGAAAAAUUUUACGAAAUGGUUUUAUGAAUACAUCAUUGAUCAGCAGCUACAUUUCUUUGAUGUUUUCAUUCUAGAUAAUGAUUAUGACAAUAGUUCUUUGAUUAAAAAUAGACAAAAUGUGAAUCAGCCACAAAAUGGAGAGUUAAAUUGGCAUGCAUUAAGAAAGAAUGGGAAUGAAUUUCCAGUUUACUUUAGUGAUGACAGACUUUUACUGAUAACCAUCUUGCUAAGAAGACUUGGUAUGAAAGUGGGUAGCUCUUUCAUGUGCUGCAUCCUCCAAUCUGUAGGAAUUGAGUAUCUCACUCUUACACCUGAUAUUGCUCUCGAGUUUCUUCAUUCCUGGGAUGAAGAUUACCCUGACAAAUGUAAUCCAAUGAUAAUGAAACACAUCACAGAGACUCCAUUUUUAUGUACAGAGAAUGUGUACAACCUUUUCAAGUAUCUUUCACACUCUCAAAAUUUUCUUAGUAAAUUGGAAAGGCUUCCACUGCUGCUCACUAAUGACAAGAUUCUCAAAUACUUUGAUACUGAUAAUCCAUUAUUCAUUUCAUCAUACUGUCCUCUACUACUAAAUUCAGGAAAUGAAUUUUUAAACAGUGAUAUGGUAGAAUUAGUAGAAAAUACCCUUAAAAACUUUACAGACCAAAGUGUGCUCAAACGGUUUACAUUAAAGGACCUUGCUGACAGACUGCAUAGAGAAUUAGGCCAGAAAUAUCAUGCCUGUGAAGACAUUUUACCUUUAGGUGGUGAUGCACUACCAGAUGUAAAAUGGUUAGAUUUGUUAUGGUCAUUUAUUGUUAAUUAUGUAGAAGAAAAUUUUUAUUGCAGUGAUAAAGAAUCAGACAAAAAAAUAAAUUAUGUGAAAGGCCAUCAAUAUAUUCAGAAAACUCUUGGAGACUGGGCCUUGUACCCAUUAAUUGAGAAGAAGAGGUUGUAUGUAAUUGCUGUAAAAAAUGCUUGGAGAGUUCUAGACUGCAGUGAUCCAGCUCAUUGCAGUGAUUCACUUUCGGUGUUCCAUCGCUUACCUGUUCCAAAUACUUACAGUGAUAUUUCUCAUACUCUUAAAUUAAAUCUAGCAGCAACUCUAAGAGAUCCUUCUGUUGUUUUAGAUAACCUUUACUUUCACAGAGAGAGAAUUGCUGAGUAUGUUUAUCAAGGUGCCAUGAUGAAUAAUGCAAAUACAGAGAAAAUGACUGAAGUAUUGGAAUAUUUUGGUCAGUACUGUGAGAGAGAAUCUCUCUCUAAGGCUAAACUCUCUUCACUGAGUAUCUUUGAAGAUGUUUCAGGAGUAGUACAAAAAUUGGAAGACAUUGACUUUAUUGUACCAGAUUCAUCCAAACUUACCAGUAAUUUUAGAGAUUUAGCUAAACUUGCCAAAGAUGACAAUAUAAUUAUUUUAAAGACAGCCACGUCAGACAAAAUAAAACAUCUUUACCAAUACCUGAACAAAGAUUGUUAUAUGGAGGAUCUGGAAAUUUAUGCUAACAUAAUUUUGCCAAAAUAUACAAAUUUGCAAGAAAAUCAGAGGACCAAUUUUAUGAACAUUUUAAGAGAUGAACUAACAAAAUUACAACACAAGAAAGAGGACACAUGGGAACAAAGUCAAAAAAAUGUUGUUUUAGCAUUAAAAAAGACUCCUAUUAUAAACCUCAAUGGAAUAUUCACAACUGCAGAUCAUUUCUAUGAUCCAGAUAAUCCAGUAUUCAAGGUGAUGGAGUUAAACAAUUUACCACCAGAAUGGCAAAAGCGUGAAUGGAGUUAUUUUCUCAAAUUGGCUGGCAUGGUACAUGAACUGACUGCAGAAAUGUAUGUACAGUAUGCUAGUGAAUUAACAUCUGCUGACUCUAAUGUUAAAUUAAAGUCUAAAAUUCUUACUACAUACCUUUUUGAUAACUUUGACAAGCUAAAAUCGAGAUGUUCUCAAAUAAGGAAAAUUGAAUUUCUUGCACCUGAAGAAUCUGAAAGACUAAAACAAAUUUUACCAUAUUUUAAAACAGCAUCUGGGCUAGUCUCUUUUUCUGGUGGUGUGCCAUCAAAAUUUUCUGAUCUUCUGUGGACAACAACGAGUCUUUUGCCACAAUAUGCAAGUAAUGUUGCAUAUAGUUCUCAUGCUCAAGAAGAUUUAAACAUCUUGAAAACUCCCCCUCAAGAAAAAGUUCUUGAGCACAUAAGCAAACUUUGCACGUUUUUAACAUCUAAACAGGAGAAUUCAAGCUCUACCAUUGUGUCUGUGAUGGAAAGCAUUUACCAGCAUUUACAUCACAGUCUUCAUGAUGUGAUUGCUUACCAGACUAUUCCAUUAGUUCACUUACCCAGUCAAAAGACCUUUGUUACUGCUAAUUUAGUGGUUGAAAAUUUGGAAGGAGAAAUUAUCCCGUAUUUAUAUAAAGCACCAAUAACAUAUGGGAAAUACAUUGACCUUUUUAAAAAGCUUGGAGCUGUUGAGGUUGCUACUUGUGACACUUAUGCUCAAGUUUUAAAGAUGAUCUAUAACAGAAGUCAGCAGCAAAAGUUACACCCUGAGGAAUGGAAUUGUAUGAAGUUGGCUCUUCAAGGCUUACACAAAAAUAUACUGAAGCUCAAAAAUGUUACAGCUGCUGAGUUAUACCUUCCAACCAAAGAAGGAAAAUUAGAAAAGUCUUCUGAAAUGUAUGUGGCAGAUAUUGAGGAAUAUUUAGAUGCCUUAAAGGGAAAGUUAAAUGAAUCAAUAUUUAUAGGUUUUCAUAGCCUAAAAAUACCACUGAAUGAUGCUGACUUUGUGAAGCUUUUGCCAAGUAAUUUACAGCCAAAGCUUUUGUCUCAUGCUGUGAAAGAAGACCUAGAAAGCAAUACUGAGGAAAUAACAACAAAAUUACUUAAACAGUUAAGAGAAUUACUUUAUUCUAAUGGUUUUAAAAUGGCAGUACUGAGAAUCAUAAAUCAUGAUUAUAUAUCACAAGGAAUUAUUUUUACUGAAGCAAAAGCAAAAGAAUUGAUGAGUAUUUUUGAUAAAGUAGAUGUGAAGCAGGUGAAGACAAUUACCACAAAUUUGAAGGUUAAUCAAGAGGAAGUGGGUAAACGAAAUCGAAAGUAUUUUGUGAAAGUCAGCAAUGAAGGAGAGAGAAAAGUAACAUUAUAUAUUUGUGAGAACAUUACCAGUUCUUUGCUUACAAGUGGACUACGCAAAACUUACAGAAAAUUGCUGAACUUAACUUCAGUAAUAGUGAUGGACCAUUUAGCAUGCAUAUUGAGCUCAUAUGAAAAACCUCAUGAUAUUCCAGCAAUAUUAAAUGAGUUGAAUAUCACUGCUUGGAAAGUUAUGAACACUGAUUAUGAAUUUUAUCCAGCAGAGGUAGGUUCUUAUCUUAAUGAAGAAUUAAUCCCUUUGCUGGAUAACGAGUUUUACAAAUUCCAUGAAGGAGAAAUUGUUUGCAUGAAGAAGUAUAUUCUUGGAGAGGUUGAAGAUGGUGAAGAUCCUGAAGAGAAUAUUUAUACCAUUGUUCAAGUGAAACGGUUGGUAAGACGUCAUGAUAAUGUGUUUAUGGAUGAAUAUGAAGUUGAAACUGGAUAUGAAAUUAAGUCUUGUGUGAUAGUUAGAUCCCAUCAGCUAUACAAGUUUGUAAGACCUGCAGCAAAUGACUGCAGUGACAUAAUGCUAGCUGAUCACAUAACUGUAACUGAUGAUGUAUCUGAUAAUCUCGCUGAAAAAGAGAUUAUGAAGAUGAUAAAAAAGCAGAUUCAAGAAAUCUGGAAAGUUACAGAUGAAAAAGAAAGACGCCAUCUCCUGCGCCGCCUGAUUCUCAAGUGGCAUCCAGAUAAGAACAGUCACAGGGUGGAGCUUUGUACCCGUGUAAUGCAAUAUAUACAGCACCUAAUGAAACGGCUAGAAAGUGGAGAGGAUAUAUCAGAUGAAGAUGUAAACACUUCAUAUUCAAAUAGUGAUCCCAGUGACUUCUUCUUCAGAGAUACAGGUAUGUUCCGGCGACCGCGAAGACAGAAGAGAAGUUCCUAUGGAUUUUUUAGAAACCGAACAUCUGAGGAAAAGAUGCCUGAUUACCCUGAAAGCAUGAAAUGGCUUAAACAGGCUGAACAUGACUUCGCUGAAGCUAAUCAACGUCAUGGAGAAUCUUCAUGCUGGAUCAUGUAUAUGUGCUAUCAGGCAGCAGAGAAGAUCUUAAAAGCAGCCUUAUACCUUGAGGACCGAAGCAAGGCAGCAAAAUUUCACUGGGGCGGAGAAAUUUAUUCACUUCUUGACAUAGCAUCAAAUUUAAAAUCAAGUGAGUCGUGCUUACUUGCAUCUGACUUAGAAACUCGUGUUGGCCAUCAUACCAAUUUACGCUAUCCUUCUAUGCAAGGAUGUCCCUGUGACUACUAUACCAGUGAUGAUGCCAGUUAUAUGUUAAGCAAAACAGAAAAAUUAAUGGAGUUGCUUAGACCUUGCUUUGCAAGGUAAUUUGUUUCGAAUUGUGUUACCACAAUCUCUUAUAAUGCAGACAAUAUUGUACCUUUUUUUUUCUAGAAAGUAAACAGUACCAUAAAUAGUAUUAAUACAGUUCCAUUGUGUAACAAAAAGUCUUUUUUUUUUUAAGUUGUAAUUUGCAUAUUUAUAAUUUUAUGUGAAGUGUUUGUAAAAAAGUUGUACAAUGUUGAAAUAAACAAUAAUUCUAUUUUUUUUUAUAAGAUUUGCAGAUGUGGUCAUUAAAUGAGACCCUGUAAUUGUAGUGUAUUAGUAAGCACAAAUGUACAAGCUAAUCAUGUUGCAUUUACACUUUCUUGCAUUUGUAGUCUGUGAACUUUGUUAAAUCAUGUUGCACUUGUAGCCUGUGGAGAGCGAAACGUUGCCACAAUAAAAAUGUCACAUUAGUUCCGCUAGUGUCUUUUUACUUUAAAUAAUUGAAGAAAUCAUGUUGCAUUUAAACUUUCUUGCAUUUGUAGUCUGAACUUUAUUAAUUAAACAGCCAUUUUAUAUUAAAUGUUUUGUUUGUUGGGUAUAUCAGGGCCACUGACAGCUUAUGUCAAUAUUAAACAUUUCUAUUAUUUACUGUGGCAAAUAGCCUGUUUCUGGAAGCUGUGGUUUUCCUUACGAAUAUUUUAAUACAUAGAAUGAAGCAAUUUUGUAUGAUUUAAAUUUUGUAAAUUAAAUACAAAGCACUUUGUCUUUUAUUUUUUCAACUAGAAACCAUUUCAUCUUAUGUAUCUUGAAAGUUCAUUGUAUGUAGAUUAAAAAAUAAAUGGUACUGUAUUGCA